AAUCCUUCACAAUUGACAAAGUCUCAUUUCUCAAAUUCCAUGCCCCACUUAGAUCCCUUUAAUUUGUAUCACAAAGUUUAAAUUUCUAAGGAAGCCUAUGCAUCAAAACAUACAAAAGAAACUCCAACAAACUGUUUAUGCAGCAUGCAUUGUUGCCCUUCAACUAUUCUUCAAUCACUUGCAAUGACUUGGCUCUUCUUUUUUCUUGUUUUCAUCAUGAAUGCAAACUCACAUGAGGCCAAGAAUGAAGGCAACAAAGUUAUAUCAGUUGAGGUGAUUAUGGAUGCUAAUUCUCGUGUGGGGAAAGAGCAGAGAGUAGCCAUGGAAAUUGCAGCACAAACUUACAAUAACACUUCAAAGAACUACAAGUUGUCUCUCCAUUUUCAUAACUCUAGCAUGGACCCCAUAAGUGACACCAUUCUUGCGGAAGAAAUGAUAAGAAUGCAGAAAGUGCAAGUGAUUUUAGGCUUCCACACAUGGCCAGAAGCAGCUCUUAUAGCUGAAAUAGGAUCAUGGUUUCAAGUUCCUAUUAUAUCCUAUGCAGAACCUUCCAUUACUCCACCAUUGAUGUCAAUCCGGUGGCCAUUUUUGGUAAGAAUGGCCAACAGUGGCAGAGCAUAUGUAAAAUGCAUUGUGGAUAUAGUCAAAGCUUAUGGCUGGCAAAGGGUAAUAGCCAUCUAUGAAGAUGAUGCCUAUGGUGGAGAACAAGGGAUGCUAGCCCUGCUAUCUGAGGCCCUCCAAGAUGCAAAUUCAAUGAUUGAAUACAAUUUUAUUCUUCCACCAAUUUCUUCUUUGCAUGAUCCAAGAGGGCUAGUGCAAGACGAGCUACUUAAGUUAAUGAAUACUCAACAAUCGCGAGUGUUUAUUGUGCUGCAAUCAUCACUAGAAAUGGUGAUUCACUUGUUCAGAGAAGCUUCAAAUAUAGGACUUGUGGAUAAAGAAUCAGUUUGGAUAAUCCCAGAGAGCAUAACCAAUCUAAUUGACUCCAUCAACAAGUCUUCCAUUUCAUACAUGGAAGGAGCUAUAGGAAUCAAGAACUACUACUCUGAAGGAAACAACAAGUACCAAGAUUUUGAGGCUCAGUUUCAGAGAACUUUCUGGCCAAGAAGCCCCGAAGAAGAUAACCGAAAGCCUGGAUUUUUUGCUUUGCAAGCAUAUGAUAGCAUUAACAUUGUGACUCAAGCACUGGACAGAAUGAGCAAUGGCAAAAGCAGCACAAAUACCUUACUAAGAGAAAUACAGUCAAGCAAAUUUUCUGGUUUAAGUGGCCAUAUUGAAUUUGAAGAUGGAAAACUGCUGCAGAAUCCUAUCUUGAGGGUAGUGAAUGUGGUUGGGAAGAGUUACAAAGAGUUGUGCUUUUGGACUCAGCAACAUGGAUUCUCCACAAGCUUCCAUGCAACAAGACAAGAUGGUGGUAAUGGUAACCAUGUUUCAGAAUGCUUCAAUGCUGUACUUUGGCCUGGGAAUUUGCAAAGGACACCAAAGGGAUGGAAAAUGCCUACUAAACAAAAACCUAUGAAAAUCGCGGUCCCAGGCAGAACUACAUUUUCCAGGUUUGUCAAGGUUGAUUAUGCCAAGAAUCAAAACCUUGAUAACUAUGAUGGAUUCUGCAUCAAGAUUUUUGAGCAGGUGCACAAAAUUUUGGGGUAUGAUCUACCCUAUGAGUUCCAUGCUAUCAAUUGCACCUAUCCUGAUUUGGUUCAAUUAGUCUAUAACAAGAGUUAUGAUGCUGUUAUUGGGGAUAUUAUGAUACUAGAGGAAAGAUUGCCAUAUGUGGACUUCACUGUGCCAUAUGCAGAAUCAGGAUUGUCAAUGUUAGUUCCAGCAAAGUCUGAAGAAUCAGCAUGGAUGUUCACCAAGCCAUUUACCUGGCAACUUUGGACAGUUACAGGAGCCAUCUUGAUCUAUACAAUGUUAGUAGUUUGGCUACUUGAGAAAGAACCUAAUCCAGAGUUUCAUGGCAAUUGGAAGAGCCAGAUCAGCACUGCUCUUUGGUUUACCUUCUCCUCUUUGUUCUUUGCUCACAGGGAGAAAAUGUAUAGAAAGUUAACUCGGGUGGUGAUGGUAUCAUGGCUCUUCCUAGUUCUGAUUCUUAAUUCAAGCUACACUGCAAGUCUUUCUUCAAUGCUCACAGUGAAGCAGCUGCAGCCAAAUGUCAGAGACAUUGAGUGGCUGAAGAAGAACAACAUGAAGAUUGGUUGUGAUGGUGACUCAUUUGUCAGAAACUACCUAGAGGAUGUGGAGAAGUUCAAGCCAGAAAACAUAAUCAACAUUACCAGUGAAGACAGAUAUAUUGAUGCAUUUGCAAAUGGUAGCAUAGUAGCUGCAUUUCUUGAAUUACCCUAUGAAAAAGUAUUCAUUAGUGAAUAUUGUGAUGGAUACACUGCCUCCACUCCCAGAACUAGAUUUGGAGGAUUAGGCUUUAUGUUCCAGAAAGGCUCCCCGGUGACAAGAGAUGUUUCCAAAGCUAUAUUACAUCUCUCAGAAAAUGGAGAGCUGAAGAAGUUGGAAGAGGAAUGGUUGUUUAGUGCAUCACAGAAAUGCUCCAACAAUAUGACCUCCAAUGGCAUGGAAAGCUUGAGUCUAAGAAGCUUGUGGAUUCUAUUCGUCAUCUCCGGUGCCACUUCCACUAUUUGUAUGCUACUAUCAGCAAUGCCAUGGCAAAAGUUGUGUCUCCAAAGUCAAGAAUUGGCACCAGAACAUAAUGGCACAACAAGUGAUGAGAGUAUUUGGAGAAGGGUGAUUACACUUCCAAUGCAGAUUCAUAGCAAAAAGAUCAACAGUUCAAGUGAUAUCUGAUAAUAUAAGUGAUCAUUCUUCUUCUUUUGGAAGGGACAAUCAUUUGAGAGAUGAUGAUAGCACUGAGCAACAACAUCAUCAUCAAGAAGAAGAAGCAAAAAUUUCAGAUCUUCCUCAUCACUGAUAAGAAUAUUUUGGAGUAUCAAAACUAUAUAUAACUAGAAUGAGAUCCGCGCCAUGCGCAGGACGAGACGGUAAAUUAAUGAUAGUAUAUAAUAAAUAUUAAAAAUUGUUAUAUUUUGUAUAAUUAAAUUAAAUAUGUGUAAACUAAAGUUAAAUUUAAAAGGUGUUUUAUUUAAAAUAAUUUAUAAUAUAAAAGAUUUGGAUGUUAGAGUUGUACAGUGAUAUUUUUAUUUGAUAAUUUGAUUUUUGUAUUUGUUUUAGCUGGUGGACUUAGUCUUCUUAUGUGGCGUUUUUUUUCUGUAAUAGGUUAUU